CUUCCAAAUUUGUGGCAGCAGUUUACUGAAGGCCCAUAUAUAUGGGAGGGAGGUUUAGGUGUCCACAAACUUUUGGCUAUAUAGUGUACAAAUGGUUCAAUCAGCUUUCUCCUCAGCUGAACCUCUGCUUGGAGAUAGUUUGGGACACCAUCCAGUCUGAAAUGCUUAGCAAACCACAUUUGGAAAGCCCCGCCCACUUGAAUUGUAGCCCCGCCCAUUUGUGGUAUAGUCCCCUGUUUCUGUUUGGAGCUGGUUCUGUUGCGGAGAUCCCGCUCUCUCCCUCUCUCUGUCUCUCUCUCUCUCUCUCUCCAUCAUGCAGCACUCAGGAAUGGAGCUGUUGUUACCGGCGGAGCGAUGCGCGGAUGAAGCGCUCGUGAACGGGGAUGCGACAGAGCACGCGGAGUCCGACCCUGCUAAGAAAAAGAAGAAAAAAAAGAGAAAGAAGAGCAAAGCUGCGGUUUGGGCAGGACAAGCUGAACCAGGGGAGGAUGGAGUUGUUGAGGACAUGAGGAAGUCACUAGAGCAGCAGAGCUUGGAGGAAAGAGAGAGAGAAGAGGACGGAGAAGAAGAUGGAGAAGAUGGAGACAGUUCCACUGGGAAAAAAAAGAAGAAGAAGGCAAAGAAAAAGUGUGGCCCUAAAACACAGACUGAUCCUCCCUCUGUGCCGAUAUGUGAGCUUUAUCCAAAUGGAGUGUUUCCUGUUGGAGAGGAGUGUGAAUAUCCUUCCUCACAGGAUGGGCGGAGUGCUGCAUGGCGGAUGAGCAGUGAGGGUAAGCGUGUUCUAGACGAAGCCAGGGAGGACAUGUGGAAUGAUUUUCGGCAGGCCGCGGAGGCGCAUCGGCAGGUACGACAAUACGUGAAGAGCUGGAUCAAACCGGGUCUGACCAUGAUAGACAUCUGCGAGCGUCUGGAGGAGUGCAGUAGGAAGCUGAUUAAGGAGAAUGGACUGAAAGCGGGUUUGGCUUUUCCCACCGGCUGCUCUCUCAAUAACUGCGCUGCUCAUUACACACCCAACACCGGAGACCCCACUGUGCUGAAGUAUGACGACGUGUGCAAGAUCGACUUUGGCACGCACAUCAACGGGAGGAUUAUUGACUGUGCCUUUACUGUCACUUUUAAUCCAAAGUAUGACCGCCUCCUUGAGGCUGUAAAAGAUGCCACCGACACCGGAAUCAAGUGUGCAGGCAUUGACGUGCGUCUCUGUGAUGUUGGAGAGUCCAUACAGGAAGUGAUGGAGUCCUAUGAGGUGGAGUUAGAUGGGAAAACAUACCAAGUUAAGCCAAUCCGCAACCUGAAUGGUCACUCCAUUGGCCAGUACCGGAUUCAUGCUGGCAAAACAGUUCCUAUUGUGAAGGGCGGCGAAGCCACCAGAAUGGAGGAAGGCGAGGUGUAUGCUAUCGAGACGUUUGGCAGUACAGGGAAGGGAGUUGUGCACGAUGACAUGGACUGUUCACACUACAUGAAGAACUUUGACGUAGGACACGUACCAAUCAGGCUACCAAGAGCCAAACACUUGCUGAACGUAGUGAACGAGAACUUCGGCACGCUGGCGUUCUGUCGCCGCUGGCUGGACCGGCUUGGUGAGAGCAAGUACCUGAUGGCACUGAAGAACCUAUGUGACCUGGGCAUCAUUGACCCCUACCCUCCACUCUGUGAUACCAAGGGUUCUUACACAGCUCAAUACGAACACACCAUUCUGCUCAGGCCCACGUGCAAGGAGGUGGUGAGCCGAGGAGACGACUUCUGACUCGCACCCACGCGUAGAUUGUUCGAUACAAUAGAAACCACACAGUCCAAGUGGGACACACAUUAAUAAUAGGAAAGUAUUAGCUAACUGGCUGGAGCAGUGGAUGCUACAACCUUUUGCAUGAAAAGCUAUACGAAUUAUGAAUUGUAAACUAUGCAGGAGGACAGACAGGCUUCUGUAGCUGCUGUCCUGGGCCUUGUUUCUCCAAACACUCCGUGAUCUUUCUAAGACUAUGACAAAUCUGCGUAUCAGGAAUAGGUGAAUGGAUUCAGGCAUCUCUGUAUUGGUAAAAUCUGAUCUAGCACACAGAGCUCUGUUAUUACUGAUGUUCUAUUAUUCAGAGACAUUGUGAUUUUCCUUUACACAUUCCCAUCUCUCACUAUCUUUCCACGCUGCCAAGAUGACAGCUGUGUAUGACUGCAUGACGAUGAUAUGAUAGAACAGUGGGACACUGUCUGGUCUGCAAAAUAACCUGACCACAAUUCCCUAUACAGUCGGGUCCAUAAGUAUUUGGACAGUGUAACAAUUUUCGUAACUUUGCCUCUGUACAUCAGCACAAUGGAAGCAAUCAAGAUGUGAAACUGCUUAUCAGUCAACUGUCCAAUUACUUUUGAGUCUGUGAAAAUGGAGGGACUCUGUUAAAAAAAAAAAGGCUGUAAUUCCUAAAGGGUUAAUGCAAUAUUUUUUUUAAACCCCUCGAAUUAAGGCUGAAAGUCUACACUUCAAUCACAUCUUGAUUUCUUCAAUGCAAAUCCAUUGUGGUGGUGUUACAGAGGCAAAAUGACAAAAACUGUGUCUCUGUCCAAAUACUUAUGGACCUGAUUGUAAAUUCUGUGGGAUUGUUUGGAACAGCAGGUGAAACACAACAAUAGGCACCACCAUUCAGUUUAACAGGGAUUUCAUGAAACUGGUGGCUUCCUUACCUCACAGGACUGGUCCUGUUUUUAAGGCAACGCGAGGAGUAACCACGUAUUAGGGAAGAAAUUAUACAUUAUACAUUUUUUUUCCAUUUCAACAGUUGAGACAGACAUGUGAGAAAGGCUUACUGAAGCUGUCCCACACUGCAGCAAUGCAGUUCUUAUACUUAUGCUUUCUACAAGGUUUUGAGGUAUUCAUGCAGAAUUACACACAUCAGUCUGGCACAUGGAUACCUCACAACAAAAAUACCGAAAUGUUCAUUCUUUCUUGUUCAGACAGAUUACACGGUUUUAAAUGAUUUACAAAUUUUUAAAUGAAAAAUUAUUCAAAGGCAAAAAUAAGUGUGUAUGCAAACAAAUAUUGACCGUAUCUGCCUAUAUACAACAGUACUCUUGAAUGCUCCAUUCUGAUUGGUCAGAAGUUGUUGAUUCAUUUACUAUAAUAGCACUGAGCAGAACUUUCUCUAACAGCAGGUUUGUAUAUAAGCAAUAUCACGAGCAAGAGUGCUGUUAUACUAAAUAUCAGCACACUUGUCCAUUAGUGGACCGGAACUAACUGUUGUAUAAUAAACGAUUUAAUACAUUAUCGUUUCUGUAGUAACUCUGUAGUAAAGUUUCACAGAACAACAUUCCACAACAUUAAAUAUACAGUAUAUAUGAAUGGAUGUAUUUAGACACUUCACACCACUCCGUCUUUGAUUAUUUUCCUCUAACAGCAGAUCCCACCAUGUUUAUUUCUUACUUAAGCUUCUGCUGUAAGUGAGAUUUGACUAAACAAUUUUUUGUUCGUUUCUCUUGUUCUUGCUCAUCACAUGUACACUGCAGAUUCUGUAGAUAGAGAUUAGACUGUACAAACUGAAGGGAACGUUUGUUUAGUGCAGUAGUUAAUAUUCUGAGCUAGUGAUUGAAAGCAUGUGGUUUCUCAUCCCAGGACUUUUAAUCGGUCAUAGCUAUACGUGGACUGUGUCCUGUCUCAGUCUUAAGUCACUUUAGAUAAAAUGAAUAAAUGUGGAAUGCUAGAGUAUUUCUAUGAAAAGUAAUUUUCAGACAUUGGAUCUUUGAUCACAUAUCAGGAUGCACAACAUACUGUCUUGCCUCUAUGCAGGAAUCACUUUGCACAUUCUCUUUAAGGAUACAGUGCUUUGGGGAAACAAGGCCCAGCCAGGUUCUAUCUUUUUACCUGAUUAAGGUGAAAGGAAAUAGAUACUGACAGUAAACAGCUCUCAGGUCAGGUCCUGGCAGUCUUGUAAACGUACUUUAUUUUUUGGUGUUUUUUCCUUAUCCAAUAUUUGAUUCACUUGAUAAAGGGCUUAUUGGAUUUAGUGGAUUGGGCAUGUGAAAAUCUGAGUGGAUAGAAAACUGCUGCUUUUAUCCAUUUCUACUCAGUGCCUAGGGAAAGAAAAAAAAAAAAAAGCAAUAAGUAAGGCGGGUGAGAAAAGAGUAUGGCUGCUCAGCUUCACAUGGCAUGACAAUCGCAAAAGAAAAAACAAACAAAAAUGGCAAGCUGUGCACUCCGCUACUUAAAUAUAAGGUACUUUGGGAUUUGUAUACUACUCUGUAUGGCUGUCUUGUAGCAUCCAUGUUUUCAUUCGAAAUUGUUUUUUGUAAAUCAAUUAAAUACCUAUAUUCAUUUACUAGAUCUGUGCAUGUUUUCAUAAUUUUUCCUUUCCAGACUCAAUUAUUUCGUACUGUCAUGUGCAAGACUACUAAACAUGUAUGCUUGGUGGAGUUGAUGGAUUAGUUAUCAAACUAUUUUUGCCAUAGUUUUCCAUGAGUGUCAGCCUGAAAUGUUUUUACUAUAGAACAAACCAGCCUACGAAUGCCUCAGCUCCCCUUAUGUGAAAGCAAAAAUUAGAUUUUUAACUUGUGGCUGAAAGAUAUUUCUGUUUGCUUUGGAUAAUGCUUCAAAUGUAGGCCUUUAGAGCAUGUGUAGAUCUCCUGUUUAAGAAUCACCCUUAUUUCAUCAAAAGUAUGUGGAUGCCUGCCCACGACCCCCAUAUAUGGACCUUCCCCAAACUUUUGCCACAAAAUUGGAGUCACCUGAUUGUGUAGAUUGCCUUUGUAUGUUAUAUCAUUACAAUUUCCCUUCACUUCCCAAACAUGUUCCAGCAUGACAAUGCCCCUGUGCGCAAAGUGAGCUCCAUGAAGACUUGGUUUUCCAAGGUUGGAGUGGAAGAUCUUGAGUGUCCUGCACAGAGCCCUGACCUCAACCCCACUGUACACCUUUGGGAUGAACUGGAACACUGACUGCACCCCAAACCUCCUCACCCAGCAUCAGUGCCUGACCUCACUAAUGCUCUUGUGGCUGAAUGAUCACAAAUCCCCACAGUCAUGCUCAAAAAUCUAGUGGAAAGCCUUCCCAGAAGAGUGGAGCUUAUUAUAACAGCAGAGUGGGGAACAACUCCAUGUUAACGCCAUGCUUUUGGAACAGGAUGUCCAACAAUCACAUAUGGGUACCAUGGUCAGGUGUCCACAUACUUUUGUCCAUAUAGCAUAGUUGUUACAGUUUCACACAGAAGGACUCCUUUACUCCUCUUUGGAGAAAUGGUUCAAAAGUUGGGGUGGAUUCAUUAGAAGUCCACUGGAUGAGUGAUGAAGCAUCUUUAAGAUUAAAACACAAGCCCAAUUUCCUACAUUUGCAUUUAACUAAGCCAUCUAACUUACACAGUCUAGAACCAGCAGAACCUGUGCAAUUUUAAUUUGGUACAUUUUCUCCAUAUAUAUAUUUGUUUUAAAAUAUAAUAAAUAUGUACAGACACAAACAGUGGUUAUCGGCUCUGCUUGUCAUUUUCUUUUCGUUGCCUCCAAAAUCUAAUAAUUGUAAACUGACAAGGGCAACUUUAGUUUGUUUUUAUACACUGCUCAUAGAAUGAUUUAUAACGGUGUGUAGCACUGUGUUAAGAGAUUAUAUUUCUUCACAAUUAUUUUGAAGAACAAUCUUCAUGCAUCAUUAUGUGCUAUAUUUAAUCUCCGGCUGAUAUGAAUUUAUUCUUCUCAUCUUCCUGCCACUUUUGUAACCAAAGCCAUUCAACUGUUACAUGACUACAUUUUUAUUAUUUUCAUUUUAUCACUUUAUUAUAGAUGG